UUUUCAAAGGCCAAAGGAGAUAAAAUUCUAAAAGGGAAAUGGAAAGGGGGGACUAGGAGUUUCCCGGAUGGCGGUAUAAGUAGGAGGGUGUGGGAUAAGGAACCAUUUGGGCAACGAGUAUGGCUGAAGAAUUGAGGCAUAGUCCAGGAGGCAAGUCUGGGACGAGGACAAAGUCCCCUGCUCCUUUCCUGUUGAAGACCUACGAUCUGUUGGAAGGAGUUAUAGAUACGAGUAAUGGGGAUGGGGGGCAGAGAAUCGUGUCUUGGAAUGCAGAUGGAACAGGGUUUGUGGUAUGGUCCCCUGAUGAAUUUUCAGAGAUCAUGCUGCCUAGAUACUUCAAGCACAACAACUUCUCCAGCUUCGUUCGCCAACUCAAUACUUAUGGCUCUCUACAUUGCAUGAGACUGUCUUUCAAAACAUCAAGGGCAAUCAAAGCAGUGAGCUCUUGCUCUAGCUCUUCUGCAGAGGAAAAUUGGGAUUCAAGAAGAUAGCUUCCAAGAGAUGGGAAUUCCAGCAUGACAAGUUCCAGAGGGGAUGCAGGGACAUGCUUGCAGAGAUAACCCGGAAGAAGUGUGAGCCCAGCAUCUUCCCACCAUUCCUAAAGGCUUCCAAAGACAACACAGCAUCUUCUGCAGACCAAAAAAGCAAUUGCCUGUCACUCAUGGAGGAGAAUGAGAGCCUAAGAAGGCAAAAUUUGGAUUUGCAAAUGCAGAUAUCCCAGCUCAAAGCUCUGGAAAUGAAGCUCAUGGAUUGUCUUAAUGUCUCAAUUCAUGGGCACCACCACCCUCACAACAAACUUAGGAGGCUCUUCUAAUUUCUAACUCUCAAAUUGUGAAAGAAAUUGAGUGAUGCUGCUCGAAUGUAUUGGACUUGGACAUGAAAUUAAACUUUUGUAU